AUGUUUCUGCACUCGGGAGCCAGCCUCCACGGCCACGAAUACUCGAAUCGCCCUUCUUCUAAGAUCCAAUCUCCCGCCCACCUCCGAGGCCCGUUACUACGCUCUACCUUCCCGCCACCUAAACAGCGCGCGCGAGCUUCCACGGACGGUACGCCACCGCCUGCCCUUCGACAACGGCCAGCCUCGGAUUACAUCCCCCGCUCGCCCUCGCCCGUCGUCCGCUUCCAAGACCCGCAGGACGGCCCGCCACCGACACCCUCGACGCAUGACGAUUCGGUUUCCGAGUCCGAACUCAGCGAUGUGACCCAUUCGAUCGAUGGCACCCUGUUUGCCCGCACUGCGCGCCACCGUCGGCCGCGCCGAACCCGGCGCCAGAGCACUACGUACUACCUGGGAUAUCCUACGCCAAGGAUCAUUGGGAAGACGAAAGUGGGCAGGUCAAAACCGGUAUUGGAGGUGUUCCCAGCUUCGCGAAUCGCGGGACCUGUCGUGGCGCCCCGGUUAGCUAAGCGAUUUCCCGGCAUCUUUGGUGUCAAGCGCCAUCUUGGAUAUGACGACCUCGUGCUGGUCCGGAGGGAUGACGGCGACGCAGGUUCCGACAGUAUGGAGUGCGAGAACGAGGAGAAUCUAGAAGGGAGGAACCUGCUGGCCGUCUACAGUCCACUACGGCACUCGGAGGAGGCCGAGAUCGUGUUGGACGACGGUUCUGUCUGGGUAGCCAGACCCCUCCCCAACGGGUCUUUCGACUUUGUCCAUACCGAUGCCGAUGGUAAGACCACCACGGCGCGGUGGGCGCGUAGGCACACAGCUGCUGUUUCACCUACCACAGACACAUCCGCUUCAUCAACCGCGCCACAGACACGAUACACGUUUAGCAUCAUCAACCCCCUGACGCGGCGCCAUCCGGUCAUGGCGACACUUACCCCCUCGACUCUUGAUGUCCAAGACACGUAUAUCUCCGUCUCUCCCUCCCACGCCCGACACCCACCCAUCACCCGCGUCGGCCGCUCCCAGUCUGUAACGACUCCUCCAUCGUUCGUCCGGGCGCCUUACUCGCCGUCCAAACUCUCCUCGUCAGCUUCCACCAGCGAUGGCGAGAACGACUCAGGGGUCUACAUCCCGCCGUCGCCCGACCGCGAAUCACAACGCACCAUCCACCAAAUAGACGACACCACCAAAACCCUCAUCUCGGUCACCGCCCUCUGGCCGCGGCAGGCGAAACACCUGGACCACCCGCUCCUCGACCUCCGACGCCCCCCGCCCCGCCGACCUCCCCCCAACCUCGAAACGACUCACUCUGCGCUGCUGCAUGCAAAAGCAUCUUACACAACCACAACAACAAACGCUACUCCAUGCCCGACACCGCCUCCCUCCCCGACCCCCACACCGCCCCUGUCGGUUUGUGUCUCGCGCAACCUCAGCCCAAGCCCCGACCCGAAUCCGGACGCCCAGGCCGUUGGAUCGCCGGGGGGAGGCGAUGGCGCCACAAAUCUCGCCUGA